UCCUUAUUCUGUUGUUGACCGGCAGUUCGGCACCAUAUAGGAUAGCAACGUCUGCGUGAAAAAUACUUUACAUAAUCCUAGCUUAAAGAUUUGCUAGUCAGGUUUCUCUUUCGUUGAGUGAACUGUGAUAUUCUAAAACUUAUCAGAGGAGAUUGAGAUAAUUGAGUUACAGAAUAAAAUAUAUUGAGUGAAAAUUAAAAAAAACGAGAGUAAUUUUGAGAAAAACGAAGGAUUCGAAAUUGUUCCGGUAUUUUACAAAUUCUGUGCAGCAGGCGUAACAAUUAGAUCUCAAAGAAGUUGAAACACUUAUUAGUAAAAUGGGAUCUCCAAAUCAAGAAAAGAUGUCGAGGUUGCAAGUGAUGUGUUAUUACCUGUCAAUUUUCGAUAUAUUCUUCUACUUUGGAACAAUCAUUGUCAGCGUAGCAGUGGAGCAUUCUGUCACGGAGUUGAGACCUAUGAAAUUACAGUUUAAUGAUAACGGCACACUUUCAUUUUCACUAUCUGAGAAGAACGAGCUGAUGGCGAUUUGGGACUAUCUGUAUUCUCGCCAUUACUCCUCGUCCUCAGUUUACAAUGCCGUGUACAUGUCUUUGGUCGUCAUCGCCGUAACCUACCUGAUAAUUGAAGUGUGGCUUUGCUGCCUUUUAAUCCGUGGUGCAAAAGAGAGGAGCGUGCUCUUCUGCAAAAAGUGGUUUUGGUGGAGAAUUGCCAUCAUGGUUUUGACUGUAGUUGUGGCUGCGAGCGACCUUUACCAAAUGCAGUACACCUUAACCCUCUUAAUCUUCAUUCCACUGAACGUCUUUAGAAUGGCGUUCAUCGUCCUGGUCCUUCAUCUCAUUGGGGAGUAUACGGGGGAACGUGGUGGUGGUGUAGGAGUGGAUAAAAUGUAUAGCAUUACUGUAUAGCGUAAUUUAUUUAUGUAUGAAAACGAAAAUAUUUAGUUCAAGAUUGUAAAAAUUGUUGUAAUAAAUGAGCACGUUUUAUACGGUGUAAAA